UGUGUGUGUGUGUGUGUGUCUGUGCUGGGGGUUUUCUCGGGGAGGGAAACACUGUGUGAAGGAGACACAGACUUCGACACCAGAGCGAGAAGUUGAGCGUCCUGAGAGGUGAGACAGGAGCAUCAUUACAGAGCUGGACUCGUCAUCGUCUUCUUUUUCUUCUUCUUGUCUUCGUUUCUUCUCUUCAUCCUGCCUUCAUCCUUCAGCUGCUGACAUCAGUGGAAUGUUUCAAUCUCCUCUGAUAUUCAGGUUAAUCUAAUUAUGAAGAUUUCCUCUGAGACACUUCUUUGUCAAUGACGGCCAAGAUGGAGACUCCUUUCUACCACGACGACUCUCCCGCUGUCUCCUGCUACAGCCAGAUCGCCGAAUACGAGCGUUACCAGGGAAACAAGAUGCUGAUGAGUAAGAAGGCCAUGGCAGUGGCGGGAAGUCAUCACUUCCCCAGUGGUGGUGCGGCAGGAGGGAGGGUUGGGAACCCCAACAACCUGGGGCUCGCCGGCAACAGCUCCCUGAUGACAUCAGCUGCGUCCUCUGCAGGGUCCUCAGCAGACAUGAACCUGCUGAAGCUGGGGUCCCCUGACCUGGAGCACCUGAUCAUCCAGUCAAACCAGGGACUGGUCACCACCAGCCCUGUGUCCAACUCCACCAACCCUUUCAUCUACCGCAACCAGGCCACCAACGAGCAAGAAGGAUUCGCUGACGGCUUCGUUAAAGCUCUUGCAGACCUUCACAAGCAGAACCAGCUGGUGGGAGGUGGCCCCAUGUCCCCGUCCUCAUCCUGCACAGUCUCCCUGCAGGCAUCCUACCAGAGGAACCUGAUGUCCAGCGGGGACAUGCCAGUAUACACCAAUCUCAGCAGCUACAACCCAGGCCAGAUGCCAUAUGCUGGAGGGCAGAUAGCAUAUGGUGGAGGUGCGGGCAACGGCAACGGUGGAGCCCCUCAUCCACACACCCGAGGCCUGGAUGCACCUCAAACUGUCCCUGAGGUGCCUCACCCACCAGGUGACCCCAUGUCCCCGCCCUCCCUCUCCCCAAUCGACCUGGAGACGCAGGAGCGAAUCAAAGCUGAACGCAAGAAGCUCCGCAACCGCAUCGCCGCAUCCAAGUGUCGCAAGCGGAAACUGGAGCGGAUAUCACGGCUGGAGGAGAAGGUGAAGGUUCUGAAGAACCAGAACUCGGAUCUGGCCUCCACCGCCGCCAUGCUGAGGGAGCAGGUCGCUCAGCUCAAACAGAAGGUCAUGAGUCACGUCACCAACGGCUGCCAGAUCGCCGUUGGCUCGGCUGCCGCCACCAAGUCUGGAGGAACUGGAGGAGGCACCUGCAGCGAGGACUCCAGCUGCUGAGCGGGAAGGACACAAGGAGAAUGAGGGUGAGAUAAUACGCAAUUUUUACAAUUUUGGCAUUUCACUCGUGCUCUUGGUCAGAGCGAGCAGAGAGCGAGUGGCUCGGUGUCAGCGAUGCCUCAACCGGAUAGAUGGAUGUUUAAUGGGAUUUACGCUGCCCGACAGUCCCCAUAAACCACUGUCAAUCAUCCAGCCACAAGAGGCAGAGCUUGAGAGAGAGAGAGGAGACAGGAGCAGGGAUGAAUCCCUGACAAGUUCGAAGUUCAAACUUUGGACGAGUUGGAUUUUUGACUGUGAAUUUUUAAACAGAAGGUGGCAGAUUUAAUUUAAGGAGACUGUUCAGCAACAAAGUUUGACACUCGGGGGUGUGUGUGAAGAGACACGAUACGUUUGUUUGACUGGUGAAAAACAGAUUUCCAAGUUUCCAACUGACAUUCUUUAUUUUCAGAUGUCAUUACAUCUCAGUUAAUAAACUGUACUGGAAACAGAGGAAACCAUUUUCCAGCACUGGUAAAAAAUACUUUUUCAUUUCAAAUAAAACAAAAAAACAUAUUUAAAACUUCACUGAGUCAGAGUCAAGAAGAUUGCUCACACAUCAUUCACCAUAACACAUAAUGAAUCAGUGAUGUUUCUGUGUGGACGUGAAGUGUUUCUAACUACAGAGCGAAGGCUGGAAGUUGAAUUUUCAUGUUACAAUUGACACUAAUCAGAGUUUUUACUCAAAUUUUCCAAAAUCCAGUGAACGCCUCACUCUAAAGGACCACUGCUGCAGUUUGUUUCGUAAUCUGAUUGCUGUAACCUUUUUACUUUUAUUUCACUAUAAUCUAAUUGUGUGUUAAUACAGACAAGUAACCAUCAAUUUACAAACAUUUCCAGCGUCUUGGUGUCUCAGCUGUCAGCUGGUGGAAAAGAUUUUUUUUUGGAAACAUCACUGAAGGAAAUGCUCUAUUUAAGAUGUGCUAGCAUGGACAUCUGCAUCUGGUUUCAGUUAACAUGUAUGAAACCAAAGCAUAUUUAUUUUGACUGUUUUAAGCCUGAAAAACAAAAUCCAAAUUCAUGAAUUUUAAACUCUUAAAAUCCGGAUUAAAAUCCAGAUGUCAAGAGAGAAUUUGUCUUAAAACUCAACAGCAGAUAUGGAUUUUUUUUUGUUUUGUUUUGUUUUGUUUUUGACUGUUGACUAUUUUCUGCAGUAGUAGAAACAACAUUGGAACUAAAUGGAGAUGAAAAAUGUCAGUAUCACCGUCAACGUGUAACGUUCAUUAUCCUGAUGAUAAUAAUAAUGUUAAUGAUAUGCCUGUUAUUCCUGCCCCCCCUCAUUAAUCCACUCAGAGCUGUGCAGAGAUGGAAACACUCUUGUUGUGGAUUGUGGACAUUUAUAUGAAAAUAGUGCUCGCAGUGGAGAUGAGGUCCUGAGGUCCUUCAGGGGGCUCCUUAUGUCUUUGAGGAUGUUGCACAGGUUUUUUACCAGACUGUAGGGGUCCUGCAGUGGGAUAGCUUCUAAUGAAAUCUUAAACAUCAAUACCAUUGCCAUGGUUACCUGCAGUUUAAUACACUUCGAGCUCUGAUCUGAUUUAGAGGUGUUGUUUCAACUGUCAACUCUGACUUUGUUUCACAUCCACGUGUAAAUUUAACAGAUACCUGACAGCCAAUCAGAAACCAGGGUUCUGUGUUACCAGUGAGUUGAAAGUGCAUUACUGUUUGAUAACUGCACACUUUCAGAUUUUCAUACGUAAUUUAUUUGUGUGAAUAAACCUUAAAAAACACUCAGCGAGCACUUUAUUAGGAACACCAUACUAAUCCAGGGUAGUUCCUCCCUUUGCUCUCGAACAGCCUCAGUUCAUCGAGGUGGUGAUCCAACAAGAUGGUGGAAACAUUCCUCUGAGACUCUGCUCCAUGUUGACAGUCUGAGACAACUUUAGCUUUGUCACAUGGAGCUUUAUCCUGCAGGAAGUAGCCAUUAGAAGAUGGUGAAGUGUGGCUAUAAAAGGAUGAACAAGGUCAGCAACAAUACUCAGACUGUGACAUUCAAACUAUGACUGACUGGAUCACACCACCAGCACCAGCCUGGACUGUUGACACGAGGCAGGUUGGGUCCAUGGAUUCAUGCUGUUGACUCUAAACUCUGACCCCAACAUCUGCAGCCUCAGCUGAAAUCCAGAUCCAUCAGACCAGGAUACAUUUUUUUCCAGUUUUCAUCUGUCCAGUUUUGGUGACCCUGUAUCUACUGCAGCCUCAGAUCUCUGUUCCUGGCUGACAGGACUGGAACCUGACAUGGUCCCUGCUGUAACAGAGUGGUUAGCGUAGCCUUUCUGUCUUCUCUGAUCUCUCUCAUCAACAAGGUGUUUCCAUCCUCAGAGCUGCUGCUUCACUGGAUGCUUUUUGUUUUUGGCUCCAUUCUGAGUUAAACUCUAGAGACUUUUGUGUGUGAAACUCCCAGGAUUUUCAUCAGCGGUCUCUGAGACACUCAAACCAACACUCCUGCCACAUUCAAAGUCACUGAGAUCCCAUUUUUCUCUCACUCUGAUGUUUGAUGUGAACAUUUACUGAUGCUCCUGAUCUGUAUCUGUAGGAUUUCAUGCAUUGCACUGCUGCAUUAUGAUUGGCUGAUUCCUAAUAAAGUGCUUGGUGAGUGUAUGUGGGUCACAUCUGAGCACAGUGACUUACUCACUAAACAAACUAUAAGGUAAGGUUGUUGUUCCUGCCGUGUGUUGAUUGAUACUUUCUCACACACUUGUCAGCUGUGGAGCUAAUGGUCCCUUUCUAUUUCUGGACUCUGUUUUUGCACUGACUUUACUGUCCAGUCAGCAUGUCUAUAUCAUGUUACACUUUUAAUAAUACAGCUGUCAGAUAGAAAAACAGAACUGCAAACAAAUAAAAAAAAAGAUAUUUUGUGAGCGACAAAAAAAUAAAGAUAAAAACAUUAUUUGACAUCAGACAUUACAUCACGAUGAAAAAAAAACACGGUUUCAGUUAUGUGUUUUCUGUCUGACAAUACACAUGAUGAGCGUUUCAAAAAUACAGCUGGUGAGCAUCAAGCAAAUAUUUAUUUUUUUUACUUGAACAAGGCUUUUGACAUCUCUAAUGAUUCUAUUUUUGUACAAAUGUAUAAAAGUUGCUGUUAUUAAUAUACUGAAAUGUGUGUGUGUGUACAAUCUGAUUUUAUCAAACACUUAAUGUCUCUAUUUAUUAUGAAUAUCUUUUGUUAUACAGACGUGUUUAUUUCCUUCACACUGUUCUACUGUGUUGAGAUGUUCGUGUCAAUAUAUCAGUGAUGAAAUAUUCACCUGCUGCUGGUUUGCUUUCUGUUCGUUCGUGGUUGUGAGGCGUCCACAGGGCAGGAGCUCAGCUAGGCAUCAAAGCUUUCACAUUGAGGGAUUAAAAAGUUGUCAAAAUGUAAAUUCAGUGUUUAAACCGCCAGGAUUUCAGGUAAAACAGAUGUUGGUUUCAAAUUGAGAAAUUUGGGGAUUGUUGUAAUUUCAAAGUACAAUCACACGCUUCCUUAUUCUGAAGCUUCCUGGUUUUGUUUUUACUGUAAAAUGUGACAGAACCAAAGGACUGAAUUCUGACGAAAUCAAACCUGCAGAGCUCCAUCAGGCUUUUUCUUUUCUUUUUUUUUUUUUAAAUGGAGUCAUUAUUGUAUGGAAAUAAAUGUAAUAUGAAAAUAGCUCUUUAUAAGGAAACCUGGUGUGGAAAUCAGUGUGCAGCCAUUACACCCUGAAAAGGGAGAGGACCAAUGACCAUGUCUGUUCACAAUGUGCUUGAUCUUUAUCAGAAACAACUUUAUAUAUUCUAAUAUAAGGCUCCUCACUCCUCCAGACUGCUCGUCUCUCUGUAGUCUUGUGUCUCUUUGUGGUCAUUUGAUCGACUCUCCAACAACAAACAAGAUAAUUACAAUAUGAUACACAAAUGUGUUGAUGAGGAACAAGUGAGGAUCUAAUCAGGAAUUACCUGAUAAUUAAUGUGUAGUUGCAGAAUAAUUCCAAACUGACCUCAGAGUAGCUAAUUAGAGAACCUGGAGGUACUAUACCUAUGACUCAGUAAGUAAUGAUUAGUUCAUGAGUAUCUUUCUUCAGAAGUCAUUCCUGAUU